AUGGCUGUUGCACAUCGUCACGACGGAGUCGGCCAGUACGGCUUCGGUCAGCAUCAUCUCGGAAUGGCGCCGCCACCCUCCUCCAACUCGUUUGGCUACGAUCGGAGGCCAAAGAUGGAAAACCCAGCCGAGCCCGUGUGGCCGGUUCCCCGCAUCCAGCAUCAGCCCCAGCAAGGCAAUGCCAUCGACAGGACUAGGGACUCGGGUGGAUUCGCCAACAGCUUCUCGCAGCCUGAACUAACACGCCAACAGGGCCACACAGCCAACUACACGUACGAUGGCUCGUCAUCUGCGCUUCGCAACCCCGUUGUUUAUAGCCAACCAGCUCAAGCCCCCUGGGGAAUGGCAGCACAUUCCUCAGCAGACUAUGCCGAGUAUCCCACAGCAUCCUUCAUGGCUCCAAUGGGCCAACGGGCCCAGCCGCCGAUGCACUCCCCGGCGCCUUACGUCGGCAGUGCCAAUGGGGCGUACGGCGAUUCCGCUUUUGCCUCGGGAAGCGAUCCGUAUUCCAAGGUGAUGGGUGGCGGAUCUGCACCAUCCAUGGGCGGCGCGUACGAGCACACGACUGAGACACUGUGGCCAUUAGGUCCCACCUCGCUCGACGCCUUCGCCGGUAUGCCUGCUCCAAACGCACGGCUUACGCUCACAUCAACAGCGGACAAAAACAGGUUCAAAGCUAGAUCUUCUCUGCCUCCUCCCAAGCAGUUUAAGUGUUCGGCGUGUGAUGCCAUCUUUAGUCGCAACCAUGACCUUAAGCGCCACGCUCGCAUCCACUUAGCGGUCAAGCCAUUUCCUUGUGGCUUCUGCGACAAGGCGUUCAGCCGCAAAGACGCCCUCAAACGUCAUGUCUUGGUCAAGGGCUGCGGAAUCGGCAACAAAAAGCCGAGCGAUAAUCGCAAGCGCGCCGCAACUUUAUCCAAGCUUGAAAACACCAAAAGUGGCAGCUCCAACCGAGCGCCUUACGACGAUUCUCCAUCGCGAGACUUCACCAACUUCCGCGAUGAUCUGCACUACCAGGGUCAGCAGCAGCCUCAAGGAUUCCAGGGUGAAGCUAGCAGUUCGCGCAGCUUCCCGGGUCGGAUGGAUACGUCUUGGCCGUCAACGCUGGCCGACGGCUCGAAUCCUGGCCUCAAUGCAGACUAUGCCGCAAACCGUGGGGGAACCAACGAAGAGCGGACGCAAUCAUCGCAUGGUACGCAGUUGCCGUCACAGGCCGGACUUAUUACGUCGUAUGGCUCGCAACAGCAGACUCAGCCAUACCCCAACUUCGGCAUGGGCGGCGAGGACGCUUUCCAACAGCAGCAACGGCCGCAGCUAGCCGGUGGCCUCGUGAACGCAUUUAACUCACCAGAAGCUACAUCUGUCUCAUCGCCUAACGAUCCGCACGCCAAGUCUGCUUUGAGUGGCAAUGCGGGCCUUCUCACUGGCGAAGGACUCGAUAGCAAGGUGGAACCUAAAGCGAUCUCGAGGCCUGGGAGUGCUAAUCUUCCCGCCUCCGCACCGUACAAUGCUCAGCAACUCCCUGUCGCUGGCAGCUACUCCCUGGCACCUAUGUUGUCGCCUUUGCUUGGAGGACCCGAUCAAGGCUUGGGUAAUUUUCACGCGUUAAAAAGGCAGCAGCAGCAGCAACCAUUUGGACCGUACUUUGGCAACAGCGCAGCCAGCUGA